UUGCAAAACAAAGUGACGAAAUGUGAUUGCGCCUUUUUGAUUUAAAUGCGAAGUAUGAUUGGUUCAACUUUAUAAGACUAGACAUGUCUUUGAUUUCGACGACACGUGUUUACAGGGUCCUAGACACCCUAGGACAUUACAUUACAUUACAAAUUGACUUUACUCGGGCUUAGCCCAGAGAUGGCGUUCAAAACAGGGUCAGGUCGGUAUCUAAAGAGCGCCACAUCUAUAUAAAUCAGUGGCACAGUCACGAUCCUUUGAGAACAAAGGCAUGUCCAAUGUCCAGUCUUCUACUAUUUGUAGUCACUGGUAAAACACUGUAUUUAUAAACACAUGAAAUUUGUAAAGAAAAAUGAUCGAAACAGAAAAUAUUGAAGAUCAAAAUGGAUUACGUCCAGAUGGUAGACGAGCAUUAGAAUUAAGACAAAUUCGUGUAAAAAUGGGAGUUUUUGGUCAAGCUGAUGGAAGUGCUUAUAUCGAACAGGGUAACACAAAAAUUUUGGUUACAGUAUAUGGGCCGCAUCAGCCACGAGGUUCUACAGGAAGGAAUACCGGAAAAGUUACUAAAGGCAUAGUAAAUUGUCAAUAUAGUAUGGCAGUAUUCAGUUUAUCUUCUGGAGAACGUAAACGAAAACCACGUGGUGAUAGAAAAUCCCAAGAAAAAUCACUUCAAUUAAAACAUGCCAUGGAAGCAAUAAUACAUUUAGAAUUAUAUCCACGUUCACAAAUAGAUAUUUAUGUAGAAGUAUUACAAGUUGAUGGAAGUGAGUACUGUGCAUCUAUAAAUGCAGCUACACUUGCUUUGAUUGAUGCUGGAAUUCCUAUUAAGAAUUAUGCUAUAGGUUGUACUGUAACAUUAACUAAUUCUUCAUCUUUAGAAAAUGAAGAUAGUUCAUUAGGAACAGGAGUAUUAGAUGCAAAUUAUAUAGAAGAAUGUGCUCCUGGUGUUACAUUAUCUGUUAUUGCUUUACCCCAUAGUGAUGGUAUAUCAAGGGAUGGUUUAAUAGUAGUAGCACAAGGAGCAGGACAAAGGUUGCAUUUAUCACAUUUUGAAUCUUUAAAAGAUCGUGUGUUAUAUGGAUGUCAGGAUAUAAAAACUAUUUUAGAUCAAGCAGUUAGACAUUAUUUAACAGAGCAGUCUCUCCCUUCACUUUUUCAUGCCACACUAGAUUAAAAAUAUCGGUAAAAAUUGAACACUAAAGUAUCCUAAAAUAAUAUACUUCAAUUUUUUUUUUAAUAAAGAUAUACAAAACUUA